AUGGACGUGGACGUGGACGUGGACGUGGACGUGGACGUGGUCGUGGACGUGGACGUGGUCGUGGACGUCGACGUGGACGUGGACGUGGACGUGGACGUGGACGUGGACGUGGUCCUGGACCUGGACGUGGACGUGGACGUGGACAUAGACGUGGACGUGGUCGUGGACGUGGACGUGGACGUGGUCGUGGACGUGGACGUGGUCGUGGACGUGGACGUGGACGUGGUCGUGGACGUGGACGUGGACGUGGACGUGGUCGUGGACGUGGACGUGGACGUGGUCGUGGACGUGGUCGUGGACGUGGACGUGGACGUGGACCUGGACGUGGACGUGGACUUGGACGUGGACGUGGACUUGGACUUGGACGUGGACGUGGACGUGGUCGUGGAUGUGGACGUGGACGUGGUCGUGGACGUGGACGUGGAGGACGUGGACGUGGACGUGGACGUGGACUUGGACGUGGACGUGGACUUGGACUUGGAGGUGGACGUGGACGUGGACGUGGACGUGGUCCUGGACGUAGACGUGGUCCUGGACGUGGACGUCGACGUGGACGUGGACGUGGACGUGGACCUGGACGUGGACGUGGACCUGGACGUGGACGUGGACGUGGUCGUAGACGUGGACGUGGACGUGGACGUGGUCGUGGAUGUGGACCUGGACGUGGAGGUGGACGUGGACGUGGUCGUGGACGUGGACGUGGACGUGGACGUGGUCGUGGACGUGGACGUGGACGUGGUCGUGGACGUGGACGUGGACGUGGACGUGGUCGUAGACCUGGACGUGGUCGUGGACCUGGACGUGGACGUGGACCUGGACGUGGACUUGGACUUGGACGUGGACGUGGACGUGGUCGUGGACGUGAACGUGGACGUGGUGGUGGACGUGGACGUGGUGGACGUGGUGGUGGACGUGGACGUGGAGGACGUGGACGUGGACGUGGACGUAGACGUGGACGUGGACGUGGACGUGGACGUGGUCGUGGACGUGGACGUGGUCGCGGACGUGGACGCGGACGUGGACCUGGACGUGGACGUGGGCGUGGUCGUGGUCGUGGACGUGGACGUGGACGUGGACGUGGUCGUGGACGUGGUCGUGGACGUGGACGUGGACGUGGACCUGGACAUGGACGUGGACGUAGACGUUGACGUGGACGUGGACCUGGACGUCGACGUGGACGUGGUCGUUGACGUGGACGUGGACGUAGACGUGGACGUGGACGUGGUCGUGGUCGUGGACAUGGUCGUGGACGUGGUCGUGGACGUGGACGUGGACGUGGACGUGGACGUGGACCUGGACGUGGACGUGGACGUUGACGUUGACGUGGACGUGGUCGUACACGUGGACGUGGACGUGGACGUGGACGUGGAGGUGGACGUGGACGUGGACGUGGACGUGGUCGUGGUCGUGGAGGUGGACGUCGACGUGGACGUGGACGUGGACGUGGUCGUGGACGUGGACGUGGUCGUGGACGUGGACGUGGACGUGGUCGUGGACGUGGACGUGGACGUGGACGUGGUCGUGGACGUGGACGUGGACGUGGACCUGGACGUGGACAUGGACGUGGACGUGGACGUGGUCGUGGACGUGGACGUGGUCGUGGACGUGGUCGUGGUCGUGGACGUGGACGUGGACGUCGACGUGGACGUGGACGUGGGCGUGGACGUGGUCGUGGUCGUGGACGUGGACGUGGACGUGGACGUGGACGUGGUCGUGGACGUAGACGUGGACGUGGACGUGGACGUGGACGUGGACGUGGACUUGGACCUGGACGUGGACGUGGACGUGGACGUGGACGUGGACCUGGUCAUGGACGUGGACGUGGACGUGGACCUGGACCUGGACUUGGACGUGGACGUGGACGUGGACGUGGACAUGGUCGUGGACGUGGACGUGGACGUGGACCUGGACGUGGACUUGGACGUGGUCAUGGACGCGGACGUGGACCUGGUCGUGGACGUGGACGUGGACGUGGACGUAGACGCGGACGUGGACGUGGACGUGGACGCGGACGUGGUCGUGGACGUGGACGUGGUCGUGGACGGGGACGUGGACGUGGACGUGGACCUGGACGUGGACUUGGACGUGGUCAUGGACGCGGACGCGGACCUGGUCGUGGACGUGGACGUGGACGUGGACGUGGACGCGGACGUGGACGUGGACGCGGACGCGGACGUGGACGCGGACAUGGUCGUGGACGUGGACGGGGUCGUGGACGUGGACGUGGACGUGGUCGUGGACGUGGACGUGGACUAG